CGUCGAGGUACUCCAAGCAUGUCUCCGUAAUCUGUAUGAUGCGACCAAUCCCCGUGGAAGAGCAUCCAUCCCAGCUGGGAGACCAGCCCGAUGCGCUCGACGAAAUUGUCGACGAGGAAUCAGAUUCGUCUGCUGCCGAGCUGACCACCACCGACGAGGAUGAGGAAUGUAUCGAGCUCUGUCCGCACUGCGAAGAGUCCAUCUACUACAACACGUUUUUCGAACCGACAUCUCGCUCUCGUGAACAGCUACGAAGCGGAUACGCACCGUCUGCGCACUCAUGCCGUCGGCUCAACGAGAGGGCUGACGCAGCGGAGGAGCAGGCUGCCCAGCUCUAUGAUGAGACGAAGAGGCUGGAAUCCACGUUGAAGGAGCUACGCCAUCGUCGACGCCUGCUCGUGCGUUUUUCUAAGGAGCAACGUGCUCUCGCAUCUCCUAUCCGGCGGCUUCCUUUCGAGCUACUGCUAGAGAUCUUCCGACAUGCUUGCAUUGACUCCAACCUGCUUUUUCCUGUGCACGUACGCGGGCUUACCGCCGCCUCGCUCAGCUGCAUCUGCCAUCGGUGGCGACGAAUUUUACUCGAGAACAGCAUCUUGUGGACUUUCCAGAUCGUCUUAGACGACCGAGUCUACUUCUACCAAGAUUGGCAUGACCUAACUAGCCGCGAUGUGCAGCGGUUUGGACAGGUGCUGAAGCUGUAUCUUGACCAUCUAGGCUCCCAUACCUACGCAUUGAAGCUCUGUGGGCCUUGGCGCACCAGAGUGGACGAUGUUAUAUGCGAUUUCGAUCUCGGACGCGAAGUUGAUAUCCUUCCGGCGUUCAUCUUCAGAAACCUCUCGCGCUGUCGAAGCAUUGAGGCACCUGAUACGGCGAUACGAUAUCUCGGCGCAUAUGCACCCUCGGAUAUGAUCAUGGAACACCUCGAGGAUGUCAUCGUCCUCUACAAUGACGAGGACACAGGGCACGCAGGUGUCCACCCAUUAUUCCGCCACGCCCCUCGUCUCAAAUUCUGGAAGCAGCAGGAAGAGGAUUACUGCGCGACACCUGCCGCUCUGUCGCAGCUUGUGCAUCUCGAGAUGAAAUGGAUGAACGCUGCCAGGGUUCAUACCAUUAUCUCUCAUUGCCUCCGCCUACAAUAUUGCAACGUCUCGCUUUAUACUCUUAGCGACACCGUCGACCCUGCAACCUAUGGAUCUUCAUUCACCCUUCCUCACCUCGAAACUCUCCAAGUAUCUGUAAACCCAUCGCGGACGACCCUCGAACGCCUCUUCAGCGCGCUGUCUGCCCCGAGGCUGAAGCAUGCUAGGUUCUUCUACGCCCCGGACGACCGCACCGACGACGACCUUCUGAUGGAAAACGGCCCGCAUUGGCCGCAACAAGCGUUCGACGCACUUCUUCAGCGCUCGAAGUGCCGCUUGAUGUCUCUCGAGCUCCUGGGUAUCAGCCUCUCGCAGCCGGAGGUCGGUCGCCUUCGGGUAGUGCUGCCGAUGUCCGGUUCAGAACUUCGGUUCGAACCCGAACCGCCUGAACCGAACACGAAGUUCAGUUCAGGUUCAAGUUCAGUUCGACCUCUGCCGUCGAGGUUCAGGUUCAGGUUCGGGCACCGCUGGAUUUGUUCGAACCUGUUCGAACCUGAACCACCACCAAGGGCUUUCAAGCCCUGAUACACUGUUUUUCCUGUAUGUUUAGCGUAGUAUUAGCUUUGAUACUGGAGUCGAAGCCUCAUACCUGCAUCUAGAGGCUCUCAUAAAGCGACGGCAGCUUGUAGGCUGCCUGUCACCGACACUCGGGGAUAUCCGAGUUCAACAUGUCACGUAUCAGUCACACUCACGCGCCAGCCUCUUGCCUAUAUUGUUUCCUUUCCUUACCCGAGUGAAAGAAAAUGGGCCGAUUACCAUUAUAUUGUAACUAUUACUUUCAAAGACAGCUAAGAAGGGUGCGUAC